GGUGCAUUUGCAUAUUUACCUUCACUAAAGUCGAGCGUUACCUCAGUGUCACACCUUUCCUCUGCUGUCACGUGGUACUAAUUAAUAUGGCGUUAUACCCACCACCAUCACCACCAGAAUGCAUGGUUAACGAUGAAUCCGGGACCACACCCACCGUAACGGGGUUACAGACUUCCUUUGCGAAAUUGGAAAUAAAUCAGGAGAAUCCUGCACCAAUGUCCAAUAACAAUGAAGCAGAGCCCCCAACCGUCUUACCCACGCCCUCCACGAUUUUACCACUGCCUCCCUCAACCACCUUAUCAACGCCCUGCUCCACCUUAUCAGCGCCCUCAACCACCUUAUCAACGCCCUGCUCCAUCAUAUCAGCGCUCUCCUCAAUAAUAUCAGGCUCCCCGACCAUCUCACCACUGGCUCCCUUAUCAACGUCGUCCUCAACCUGCUUACCAUUGCCGCCAGCCUACUUACCGAACCCUAUUUCCCAAGUGAUACGAGUAUCUUCUGCAUAUUGGAUUGUUUCUAGCGCUUUGGGAUCUUAUCUGACAAAAGCCGUCCCCAGAAAUCUCUACCUGAACGUUAACGGCUUCACCCGGACAGCCCAACUUUUUUCGACCCUGGAGGAUGGCACCCUUCCCGUGAUGGAGUUCUUUUUACACGAUGCGGUCAACAAGCUGGUGUGGACGACAAUUCCGUGCCAUGAUUCAAACCAUUUGGUGGCUGCCACAUUUCCGAACAGGUGGGGAGGAAAUUCGGUGGGAACGUUGCAUCUGACCUUCCCGAAUGCAAAUGACACUCAAAUAGCACGUCGACUCCUGGAAAAUCUGAUACGAGGAUUGUAAAUUAAAUUAAAUUAAGAUUUUGACUUCAUUUUGUAGCGAUUUUUACUGAACAAAAAUGAUUAAGCAGGGUCGUGGUAAUGUUUUGAAAUUGCAAUUUGUUUUAAAUUUU